GUGUGUGUGUGUGUGUGUGUGUGUUGUGUACUAGUGUGUGCUUUUUUUCAUCGAUGAUUUUGUAAACCAUAGCAAACGUCAAAUGGAGCGUCGCGCAAUAGUACAUGGUGGCAGAUAAAGGUUGCAUUACUUAAUUAUCAUCGCAAAAAAUGGUUCGCACUGACUGGGAUCGGAUAUUAUCCGUAAAUGCUUCAUCUUUAACGGACGAGGAAAUCGAGGAUCUUUUUCCCGCGGUGGUGCGAUGCGAUGUGGACGAGAUCGCCGAUGUGCACGGUCUGCGGACGCUUGUCAAAUUGUCGCAGGAAAUGUUGACUUACAAAGAUAAUCAAGUCGAGGCUUUGCUUCUUGAAUGUGGUGAAUUAAAGGAAACAAUAGCUUCGUUGCGUCCAACGGCUGCCAAACGAAAGAUUAAAGAUCGUGGUACGAUUGCUGUAAAACAAGAAAAUGAGGAUUUUAUCAGAGAUAUAUUGGACGAGAAAGAUAUGGAGAUAACACGUUUGAAGGAAAAUUUGUCGCAUUCUUUAAUGCAAUCUACUACAUCAGUUAAAGAAGAAAAUAAAACACAGAUUAAUCAGCUAAAUGAUGAAAUAGCAUGUAGGGAUGCGAUUAUAGUAGAAUUGAAAGCUAAACUUUCUGAAGCAGUUGUUGAAAUAAAUGAAAGUGCUGCACUUAUAGAAAAAUUGAAAGGAGAGACACAUGAAUCUACGAAAAGUAGCAAGCGGAAAGAACAAAAAAGUUUAUUGAAAAAAAUGCAAAGUGCAAAUGAAAAGAUCUCUAACUUGGAAAAUGCACUGUCACAAGCACAAGAUGAUGCCAAAUCACAGAGUAGUAAAUUGUACGAAGUUUUAUCGACAUUAAAAGAAUAUGAAGAUGGAAACCAAGCUUUAGCUAAAGCAUUGAAUGAAAUAAAAGAAUUAAAAAUUAAAAUUGAUCACAAGAAUGAACAUAUAGAAGAUUUAGCUAACGUUAUUAAUAAAUUAGAAAUGUUAAAUUCGUAUCAAGAAAUGGAGAUCUUAACUCUUAGGGAAAAAUUAGGGAUCCCUGAAGAUGAAUCUGUAUCAAUUAAAAGCAUUGUAGCAAAACGUAAAGAAGAAUCACGAAAAAUGGAAGAGCUUGUUCGGCAAAAUAAAAGUCUUGUAGAGGAAAAUUUAGAAUUAAAAUCAGAUAUAAGGAUGUUAAAAUAUAAAUUGAACAAGUCUGAGAAGAUAUUAGAUAUUUCAGAUAAUUUGGAUUCUAGUAAUCAAUUUUUACAUUCGACUAAAUUAGUAGAAUUAGUGGAAGAAAAUAUGCAAAUACCUUCUAAAACUGAUAUAUCUGAAAUUAAUCAAAAUAUUCAAGCACUUAUAGAAGAAAAUGAGGCACUUAGAACAGGCAUGCAUGAAAUUAUGGACAGUAUACGCAAUCAAGAUGGUAAGAGUGAAGUGGAAAUACAAUCUAGUACUUUGGAACGAUUAUUAGAAGCUUUAGAUGUCAGGCAUUUAGCUGGUUGGUAUCAUCCAGCUAUGAGAUUGCAGGAACAUCUGAAUGUUGUACAAGGUAGCAAUGCUGAGUUAAGAUCACAACUUAAAUUAUUGAGAAAGGAAUUGCAAAAGAAAGAUAAUAUAUUACAAAAUUUAGCAGCGAAUAAAAAUAUAGAUUUCGAAAAAUUAUACGAGAAACAUGGCGAAGACGAAGCAAUAACAAUGUAUCUUACAGAAAUGAAAGCUUUGCAGAUGGCAUAUAAAAAUGAAGCAGAAGAGUGGGAGAAGCAGAAAGAUUUGCUGAUUUAUGAAAAUAAUGAAUUGAAAGAUGAAAUGGACGGUAUUAAAAAGCAAUUAGAAAUUUAUAAAAAAAAUUGGCAAAUUUUUGAAGAUGGAGAUGAUGAAGUUCAAAAAGCAUUCGCGAUAAAAACGAGAGAAUAUGCGGAUACUGCUAACGAAAUAACAAUUAUGAACAGGAAAAAUGUUAGUCUUCAACGAUUGCUUAACAAAGAAACUAAUAGAUUGUAUGAAUAUCAAAAAGAGAUAAUUAAGAAAGAGAGCGAUUUUAACAAAUCCCUUAUUGAUGCAGAGAAACGCAAUAAAAUAUUGCUAUCAGAAAUUUCGCUCUUGCAGAAUAAUUUAUGUAAUUCUAUUAGCGUAAUAAUGUAUAAUGAAUUAAAAGAGAAAUAUGAGGAAUUGAAUAUACGUCAUCGUGCUUUAUUAGAAACUGCAAUGAUAUCUCCUAAUUCCAGUGAAAUGUCAUCUCUGAAAGCUGAAAUAGAAGCAAUAAAACGAGAGAAAAAUCAACUCAUUGAAGAUUUAAAAAAAUCAGAUGUUAAUGGAGGUAAUGGUACUUUAGAAAAAUUGAAAGAGAUAGAGGCCAAGAAGUUGAUUGAAGAGCAACGAGCUGAUCAAAUGACUAGAUUACUUGAAAUAUCGCAAACACAGCUAACAAAAUGCGAAGAUAAUAUUAAACAACUUUCUAUUUCUAAUUCUGAAUUACAAGAGAGACUGAUUGAAGUACACAAAAAAUUGUCUAAAGAGAUAUCGUUGCAGGAAACUAUACAAAUGGAUGAUAAUCGUUUACAGGAAUUGCAAAAUGAAAAAACGCAACUUAUUAUAGAAAAUGAAAAUUUGAAAAAAAUGUUACAAGUGUCUGAAGAGGAAGCUCAACUGCAAUAUUCAUUGAAUUCAUUGCAAACACUAGAACUAGAUAGUCUCAGGCAUCAAAUAUUGGAUUUGCAAGCUGUAAGUGAAGACAAGGCCACUAUUUCAAGACUUGAUUUCGAGCUUACAAGUAAGAAACUAUCAGAAAUGGAACUAACAGCACAGAAAACGCGACUGCAGAGUGAAUUGUCUAACAUACAGCAAGAACUUGAUAACUCAAGAAAGAAAUGCGAAGAAAUGCGUAGUUAUGUACAAGAUUACCGGAAACAAUGUGAAAAUCGUUGCAAGUAUUAUACAGAUAUUAUAUAUUUUUUUCAAUGCCAAUAUGUGGGAGCAACCUCUAUAAGUACUUUAGAAAAAGUAAUUACAUUAGCUGCAAAAUUGAAAAUAGAUCGUCAAAAUAUCGAUACAGAAAUGCAGAAAACGAAAAAGUGUCAUGAUGAUAUUAAAUAUGAACAACAAGUUUUAUCUGCUCGGCUUGAAAUUGUGGAGCGUCUAAAAGAUAUAUUGGAGCAACAAAUUGGUGCCGGCAGUGUUCAAAACAUAAUGGAACAUUAUGCGGAAAUUUCACAACAAACUUUAAAUGAUUUUAAGUACAAAAGAAGAAUAGCUCAUUUGGAGCAUGAACUUCAAAUUGCUAACAGUAAAUUCAUUGAAUAUGAGUCAGUAAUAAACAGCAUGGAACACGAUAUGUUAAAUAUUCAAAAAGCGUGGUGUCCACAACAAGAACAUCAAGCACGAGUUAAUACAUCAAAUUUCGAGUCAAAAUCUAUUCAAGCAGCAACAGAAAUUCAAGUAGUUGGUGUCCAAACAGAUCCUUAUACUUGCUGCUUGAAUCAAAAAAAGAAUAUUACUAAAGAAACCGAUAAAGAAAUCGAUAAGCAAACCGAUAAACAAACCGAUAAAGAAACCGAUAAUGAGGAAAUUGUAGUUGUUAAAGAUAUUCAAAAAUCUACUAAAUCAAGCGAAACUACAGAGAAAACAUUUCGAGAAAUAGGAAAUAAUACAGAAGAGAAUGGUAGUUUAGUAUUGCUUAACGAGCAAUUGGAUCAAGCACUGAAACUCGCAUCGGAACGGUCCAUGAUGCUUGUUAAAUGUGAGUCACAAUUAGCGGAAUACAAGGCAAAAGUGGAUACUCUGGACAAAGCAAUGACAGAAAAAGAUCUACAAUAUCAAGCAGAAAUAGACAAUCUUAACAAAGCGAUUGAGGAAAAAAAUGUGCAGUAUCAAACAAAAGUGAAUAAUUUGAACAAAGCGAUUGAGGAAAAAGAUUCGCAUCUUGUGCAAAAUCAAAAUGUACUUGACGAGUUAAUGACUCAACCACGCGUCAUAAAUACUGAUUGUGCUGACAAAUUGGCAUUGAAAUUGACAAUAAAUAGUUUACAGAAGUUAAUUAGCCAGAAAGAAGAGACUAUUUUAAGAUAUCAAAAUUUAUUGAAAGAAGAUAGAGAUGAACAUAGUCGGGCAGCGAGCCGUUUUCAAAAUGAGAUUAAAAAUUUGCAUGAUCACAUAUUGGCUAUGCAAGGCAAAAUUCAAAAAAGUGAGGAACCGGUUGUAAAAGAUGUCUUUGGAAAAUCGACGUUUGAUGAAACCACAGCGAGAAGCAGUGCUGCGCAAGAAGAAGAAAUUGCAAGAUUACAUGAAAAAGUAUCCACUCUCGAAGCAGAAUUAAAUAUCAGUAAAGAAUUGAGCGAACGUUGGCAUCGAUUAGCGGAAGAAAGAUUGAAGCAUAUGGAUCAUAUGAGAGAAAGGCUAGAGCAACAACAUAAGAAUGAAUUAGAGAGCUAUCAUAGCGAAAUAAAUAAAUGGCAAUCCGAGGCCGAUGCGCUUAGACAACAAUUGUCUGAAAAUCGCAUGUUAGUUACAAAAGGAAAUAUUUCUUUGAUGAAAGACUUGCAAGACAAAGAUGACAAAAUACACGAGUUAACUCUUGCUUGUCAACAACUACAAAAUGAAAUUGAAUUAAUAGAAUCUGCAAACCGAUCUCAACCAAUGAUAAUUCAUAGUCGAGGAGAUAUGAAAAUGAGUGAAUCCACGCACAAUAGUCAUCGCGAUCAAACGCAACAACAAAAUCAAAUUGAUGUUUUGCGUCGACAGCUUCAGUCUCUAAUGGAAAAGGAAAAAAUGUAUAAGUAUGAGAUAACUGAUCUGAAACAACAACUUAGUCGCAGAUACAUGGCGAUAAAAACUCAGGAGAAGAAAAUUUCGCAACGUGAAGCACAACUUGAACGCAAAGUAACAUCUCUAGAAGAAGAGUUGCAUAAAACAAAGACUCAAUUAGAUCGUGAAUAUUUAGCACAAGAAGCAAAAAGAGUUAAGACUGCGGAAGAACUUUCGUUGUGGGAGAAACAGAAAAAAUGGCAGCAGACAGCAGAGAAGUUAAAAGAAAAGCUUAAAAUAAAAACUGAUGAAUAUGAAAAAUUGCUUGCAAAUUAUGAAAAGCUUCGAGCUGUCGUUUCGUCUAUGGAACGAGAAAAAUGGCAUUUGAGAAGUAAACUUAAACUUGAAAGUGAUGUACCUAGUACUUCAUCAGGAAGACCUAUUUCAAAUAUUCAGCAUAACGCGAUGGACGAACUGGAGAAAGAAUGUCGGAUAUUAAGAGAACGCAUUAAAGAAUUAACUGAUCGUUUAGAAAAAGAAAGCAACGAACACUUGAUGUUAGAAAUAGCAGAAUUAAAACGACAUAAUGUAGCUUUAGAAGCAGUUUCUCAGGGUAAUACAUGUGUAAUUAAUCAGUUUGAGAAAUUGGAAAUGGCUCGAGAUGCUCUCGAAAAGGCAAAUCUUAAGUUAGAAAGUGAAAACUUUGAAUUGCGACUUCAAUUGGAAAGAGCGAAUUCAGAUACUCCGGGAUUGCGAGAAAAAGUCGAACAUUUAGAAAAAUAUAUACAAUUAUUAAAAGCUGAAAAAUCUUCUGAUUCCACUCCUAGAUCUUCAGAAAAAGAACUGCCAGAAUCAAACAAAAAAUCUAUUUUUGAAAUGGAGAAAACAAUAUUUACAUUAAAACGAAUUAUCGAAAAACUUCAGGCAGAGAAUAAAAGACUGAAAUUUAAUUCCAAGAAGAAUCAUUUCUUAAUUAAUCAAGGAAAGACAAAUAUCAUCGAAGGAGGUACUUUACUCCAAAGACAAUAUGAGGAAUCUCAGAAACGUGUAGUGAGCUUGGAGGCAGAUUUACGACUAGCUGAACAAAGAGUAGCUAUGUUAGAGAAAGCUCAAAAGGAAGAUGACAGUGGAGAUUUUCGAAUCUUAAAGCAACAGUUAAUUUACAAAUCCGAGCUUCUAGAUAAAAUGAAGCAAUUGUUGACACGAGCCGCUAUAAAUGAGAAAACGCUACGGCAACGCGUUCAACAGUUGGAAUCGAAGCAGGCCCUAUCAACGAUUCCAGAAUGUUACGUGACUCCACCCACGCCACAAUAAAGGUACUUUUGAAAUAAUUAAUUAUUCGUGGAUUUGCAAUGAAAGAAAUACACUUUAUUGAGAUACAAGUACAAUACAUAUUUAUUUAUCAUCUUUCAAUUUUACACAUGCUUGUAAGUAAAGCUUUAUUUUUAUCUUCAUUCAGUUAUAUAUGUUCCUUUAAUGUCAUGUAUAAAUAAUAAUUUCAUAUCGCAUAUGAUAAUUAUAUCUAUUUUUGUACGUGCAGGUGCACGAUGUUCAUCACAAAUAUCGUUAUAGUGUUCCAAAAAUCUCAUUAGUUUAGUUCUUGAUUUAUAAAUUCAUAAAAUAAUCAAUCAUAUUUUUCUUAUCAAUACCUUCAUUUAUCUCGUAUAAUAAAGAAAUAAAUUAUAAUAAACAUUUAUGUUUGAUUUUCAUCAAAACAGUUUGAAUGACUAGACUGAUUUUUUAUUUAUAUUUUUCAUUCUUAUAUUCACUUUUUACAUUACGCCAUUGUCUUAAAAAUGAUUUGAAAUAUAAAUUAAUAUAAGUUUAUCUGAAUAUUUCGAGACUUAUAAAUAAUAAAAAUUGAAUAAAAA